AUGGCCGACGGCAGCCCACAGCAACAGAUUAAGUCUCUGCUCGACGAGUCAGCAGAGCUCGAGGAUUCAGGGCAAUGGAACGAGUCAGUCGCACUCCUCCUCGAAGCACUCCGGCUCUGCGACAACCACUACGGUCCGAACCGCGCUGAGACCCACACCGUCCAGACUGCUCUCGCGUUCAGCUACCGCGCGCAGGGAAGAUACCAGGAAUCUGAAAAGCUCGACAGAGAAGUCCUUUCUAGGCGGCAGCGGAUACUCGGUGAUGAUCAUGUCAAAACCGCGAAAAGCCUGGGCAACCUUGCUUUGGACCUCAAGGGCCAGGGACGCUACGCGGAGGGACUUGAACUGGAGAAAAAGGCCCUGGAAAUCAUGCUCGAAGUGGAGGGUGAAGAGGCGAUCCCGACCUUAACGAGCAUGAGCAAUCUGGCGAAUAGUUUCUCGAAUCAGGAGCGCUAUGAAGAGGCGGCGGAGCUGCAUGAGAAAGUGUUCGAAAUCCGGGCACGUCUCUUUGGACCCGACGACCCCUUAACAAUCGUAUCGCAAGACCUGCUGGCAAUCGACCGCCGCUCCCUUGGCCAGAUUGACCGAGCAAUUGAGCUUCAAGAGAGCGCCGUUGAGAAAGCACGGUCAACCCUAGGCGAGACGCAUGAAACAACCAUCCGCUGCGUGAUCAAUCUCGCGGAUACAUAUGGAAAACUGGACACAGAUGAGGGUACGGCUCGGUCGAUAUCUCUUUUGGAGCGAGCUCUUGAGUCGCUCCAGGGGCGUAAUCAGGAGGAUACUCCGCUGACAGUUGGACUAAAGAAUAAUCUGGGCGUGGCUUAUGCCAUAGACGGUCGGUUUGAGGAGGCUCGACCACUGCUCGAGUUCUGUUAUGAUUGGAGUAAGCAGCGGCUCGGCCGUGAUCAUCCGAGGACUCAACAGAUCACUGAAAGUUUGGCGUGGGUGUUGGAACAGAUGGGUGAGCUUGUUAGAGUGCCUAUGAUCAACGUUUAG